GUUACAAUACAUAAAAUCUCUCCACACAUGAGGAAAAGAGCCCUCUCGUGGCAAUGUUAGAGGAAUAGCAAUCGUAGAAAACCUGCUGCACUCUGCUACUCUGUAAGACAAACAUCGAUAAAGCCAAGCGGCAAGAAAAGAAGGGUUCUUCAUGACAAAAUGACAGCAAGAGAACACAGUCCCCGCCAUGGUGCAAAAUCCCGCACCGUGCAACGGGCUUCCACCAUCGAUGUCACUUCUGACAUGCUAGGCCUUUCUUUAGCAGGAAACAUUCAGGAUCCAGAUGAGCCGAUUUUAGAAUUCAGUUUAGCUUGCAGUGAGCUGCUAACUCCAUCGCUAGAUCGAAAACCAAAUAGUUUUGUAGCAGUGAGUGUAACUACACCUCCUCAGGCGUUCUGGACGAAGCAUGCACAGACAGAAAUUAUUGAGGGAACAAGUAAUCCUAUCUUUCUAAGCAGCAUUGCCUUUUUCCAAGACUCCCUUAUCAAUCAGUUGACGCAAAUCAAACUCUCCGUGUACGAUGUCAAAGAUAGAUCUCAGGGAACAAUGUAUUUGCUGGGUUCUGGGACGUUCACUGUAAAAGAACUUCUUCAGGAGAAGAAUCACAGGUUGCACUUAACACUAAGGUCGGCUGAAAGUGACCGUGUAGGUAACAUUACAGUUAUUGGAUGGCAAAUGGAGGAAAAAACUGACCAAAGGCCUCCAGUGACAAGGUCACCUGAUACAAUUAAUGGAAGGACUGUGUUGCCAGUUGAUGAAAGUUUAACAGAAUCUUUAGGAAUCAGAUCCAAAUAUGCUUCAUUACGGAAAGAUGCACUACUGAAAUCUGUGUUUGGUGGCGCCAUUUGCCGAAUGUAUCGCUUCCCAACCACUGAUGGAAACCACUUGAGAAUCUUGGAGCAGAUGGCUGAGAGCAUCCUGUCGCUACACAUCCCCAGGCAAUUUGUGAAGCUUCUUCUAGAAGAAGAUGCAGCAAGGGUUUGUGAACUAGAGGAAUUGGGAGAGCUGUCUCCUUGUUGGGAAAGCCUUCGUCGACAAAUAGUUACUCAGUACCAAACAAUUAUUUUGACUUAUCAGGAAAAUCUAACUGACCUGCACCAGUAUAAAGGUCCUUCAUUUAAAGCCAGUAGCUUGAAAGCUGAUAAAAAAUUGGAAUUUGUUCCUACGAAUUUACAUAUACAGAGAAUGAGAGUCCAGGAUGAUGGAGGAUCAGAUCAGAACUACGACAUAGUCACCAUAGGAGCACCAGCAGCUCAUUGUCAAGGCUUCAAAUCAGGUGGCUUGCGGAAAAAGCUGCAUAAAUUUGAAGAGGCAAAGAAACA